AUGAGUAAAGACGAAGAAUUUACAGAUAUCCCGGAGGGAGAAAUUGAGUCAAACUGGGAGGAAGUUGUCGAUAAUUUUGAUAAUAUGAAUCUAAAGUCUGAACUUCUUCGGGGUAUUUAUGCUUACGGUUUCGAAAAGCCUUCGGCCAUUCAACAACGUGCCAUUCUUCCGGUUAUAAAAGGACAUGAUGUAAUUGCUCAAGCGCAAUCAGGAACGGGCAAGACUGCCACGUUUUCUAUUUCUAUCUUACAAAAGCUUGAUAUUAACAUUAAUCAAUGUCAAGCCCUUGUACUUGCACCAACUCGUGAAUUGGCUCAACAAAUUCAGAAAGUAGUAAUUGCUCUUGGUGAUUUCAUGAACGUUGAAUGCAAUGCUUCAAUUGGUGGUACAAAUGUUCGUGAAGGAAUCAAGAAACUUGAAGCUGGUGCUCACGUAGUUGUAGGAACACCUGGACGUGUAUUUGAUAUGAUCAAUCGUCGUGCUUUAAAAACAGAUAAUAUUAAAAUGUUUGUUUUGGACGAAGCAGAUGAAAUGUUAUCACGUGGUUUCAAAGAACAAAUCUAUGAUGUCUUCCAACUUCUUCCCCCAAGUACCCAAGUAGUUCUUUUGUCUGCUACUAUGCCAGCCGACGUUCUGGAAGUAACCACCAAAUUUAUGCGUGAACCUGUUCGAAUUCUGCAAUUUUAUAUUGCCGUCGAAAAGGAAGAUUGGAAACUCGACACUUUGUGUGAUUUGUACGAAACCGUAACCAUUACUCAAGCCGUUAUUUUCUGCAAUACGCGAAGAAAAGUUGAUUGGUUAACCGACAAAUUGCAUGCCCGAGAAUUCACUGUAUCUGCUAUGCAUGGAGAUAUGGACCAAGCUCAACGUGACGUUAUUAUGAAAGAGUUCCGUUCAGGGUCCUCUCGUGUACUUAUAGCCACUGAUCUUUUAGCUCGUGGUAUUGACGUCCAACAGGUGUCAUUAGUCAUCAACUACGAUCUUCCUACCAACCGUGAAAACUACAUCCAUCGUAUUGGUAGAGGAGGACGAUUUGGUAGAAAAGGUGUUGCUAUUAAUUUUGUUACGAGUGAUGAUGUUAGAAUGCUCCGCGACAUAGAACAAUUUUACAAUACACAAAUCGAUGAAAUGCCUAUGAACGUGGCGGAUUUGAUUUAA